AUGAGCGAGAAGGUAUCUUACACACCACUCCGGCCCGCCGCCAUGCGGUCAGGCCACUUGCGCCUGCAGGCAACCUCAAUGGCUGUCACGGCUGGCGCCCUCACCUUCUGGGUGCUCUACAUGAUCGGCCUCGAUGGCCUUCCCGAGUCACUCCGAUCGCCCAGUGCCCCGAAUGACUCGAUGGCGAAGGACGACGUUUGUCUCACGCCGGCGUGCGUUCAUGCUGCUUCCGAAAUCCUUUAUAAUUUGUCGCCUGAUUACAAGAAUCUCGAUCCUUGCUCUGACUUUGAGGAGCUUGUCUGCGGUGGCUGGCGCGAUCGGCACGACCUGCGGUCUGACCAAGGCGAUGCCUUUACAGGCACCAUCAUGGCGGAGAACUCGCAGCUGCUUCUUCGUCACAUCCUGGAGGCGCCCUACCCCAAGUCUGCUGCAUCUGACUCGGCCGACGAAGGGAACUUUCAAAAGAUGAAAUCCGCCUACGACGCCUGUCUAGAUGAAGAUUCCAUCAAGUCUUUGGGUAUCGAGCCAUUGAAACAUACUAUCGACGAGCUUGGCAAGAUAUUUCCGCUUGACUCUGGCAAACCGCUCAAGAAUGCCAUUUCUUUCCUCCACAAGUAUGGCAUAACACCGCUCAUCUCCGCAGGCACAGGCGCCGAUGACCGCGAUCCUGACACGGUGGUUAUCUCGAUAUCUCCGCCCUGGACCUUUGGCCUCCCUUCAAAGGAGCGGUACGAAGACGAGAAGCUGGUCGAGAAGUAUCGCAACGUAACCGUGGAGGUCCUCGAGCUUCUUUAUCCGCAUGCCGACAAAGCAUGGUUCCCAAAAGUCACCGACCUGGAAAAGAAACUUGCUGCUGCCUCUCCCAGUACCGAAGAACGAGAGGAUGUUACAAAAACCUAUAAUCCACUGAAACUUGAAGAUGCCGCGGCUCUCGCCCCCUCGGCCGACCUCAUCGGUCUCGUCCAUGACCUUGCUCCGGCGGACUUUACUGCUGAUCGGGUUAUUGUCACAUCGCCGGCGUAUUUGAAGUCGCUGUCGGCCAUCUUGUCUGAGACGCCUACCACUGUUCUGUUCAACUACUUCGUUUGGAAAACGGUACAAUCGCUUGCCUUUUCUGUUGAGGCUGAUGAAGUGAAGCCAUACAAGCGGUUUGUGAAUGAACUGUCCGGAAAAGACCCCGAAUCGGCCCCUGAGCGUUGGCGACGAUGCGUCGGACACGUUGAUGGUAGUCUCGGUUGGCUUCUCAGCAGGUUCUUUGUUGAAAAGGCAUUUUCGGCUGAUGCAAAGGACUUUGGCGACACGAUUAUCAAAGAUAUUAAGAGCGAGUUCACCAACAAACUCAAGGCUACCGAGUGGAUGGACGACGAGACGACGGAGAAGGCGAUCAACAAGGUGCACAAUAUUAUCCAGAAAAUUGGCUACCCGACGAGCAGUCCGGACAUUACCAACGCUACCGAGCUUCACGACUACUACAACAGCGUCAACGUGUCGGCGUCCGACUUCUUCGGCAACGGACUUUCCGUCCGCGCGUUUGAUACAGCACGAGAGUGGGCCGCCCUCGGCAAGCCUGUUGAUCGCAACGAGUGGGGCAUGUCAGUGCCGACGGUCAACGCUUACUACAAUCCGCCUGGCAAUGAGAUCGUAUUCCCCGCUGGUAUCAUGCAGUUUCCUGUUUUCGACGUUGAGGCACCGGCAUACAUGUCGUAUGGCGCCUUCGGCUCUGUGGCCGGGCACGAAUUGAGCCAUGCGUUCGACUCGACAGGCCGCCACUACGACGAGAACGGCAAUUUCACCGACUGGUGGACGGAGGACACGGUCAAGGCAUUCAAGAAGCGCACUGAAUGCUUUGUGAGUCAGUAUGCUAACUACACGAUUGAAGGCCCCAACGGGAAACCCCUUCAUGUUAAUGGGCGGCUGACGCUGGGUGAGAAUAUCGCGGAUGCUGGCGGUCUGUCGGCAAGCUUCCAGGCCUGGCAGCGACGAGCCAAGGAGACGCCUAACAAGAACCUACCGGGCCUCGAAUACUUCACGCAUGAACAGCUUUUCUUCGUGACUUACUCCAACUGGUGGUGCGGCAAAUCGAGGAAAGACACUGCUGUCAACCGCAUCUACACGGACCCGCACGCGCCUAAAUGGGCGCGAAUUCUCGGAACCAUGGCCAACAGCAAAGAGUUCCGCGAGAGUUUCCAAUGCAAAGUCAAGGAACCGACGUGCAAGUUGUGGUAG